AUGUCCCGGCAGGGAAACGGUGUGGGGAAUGGUGGGGGGAAGUUGACGCCAAACCUGGACAAGAACAGCACGAAGGCACUCAACCUGACGGUGCUCCAGCGGAUCGAUUCGUUCGUCGAGGAGAUCCUCAUCACAGCCGCGCACGUCACCUUGUACGAGUUCAACAUCGAUCUCAACCAGUGGGUAUGAUAAUAACUCUGCAUCCCAUCUCCCCCUUCUUUUCUGCUCCCUGCUUUCCGAGUGAGCCUGUUGAAUUCUUAUCCUGCUCCUUUCUCAUAAAAAUCUUGUCUCGCAUUUGUUCACUGUGAUUCAUGCAGAGCCGUAAGGAUGUAGAGGGAUCCCUCUUUGUGGUCAAAAGGUGAGUUUUCCCCAGUGCUUAACGACAAAUGGAGUUUUCAUUAGAUUAUAUCUUAUCUUCAUCCUGCCGUUUCGUAGGCUGCGUAUUAGUUGACAAAAUGAAUGUGGCUAAUUUGGACUCAUGGGAAGUUCGAAAUAAUUUUCCGUCCUAAUUUAUAAAAGGAGUUACUACUCAUCUGGUGGAAAGCUUGUUCGUUGUUUCUUGUGGUCAUUUGCAACCUUUCUUUAAAAUAUUUCUCGAACUUCACAGAGAGUGCUUGAAUUUUUAAAUAAUGAAUCUCUGCCCUGGGCUAGACGUAAAUCCUCUAUCACUGUGCCAUGAUUUCGGGCAUUCUUUAUAUGCCUGUCACCUGCAACUGGUGUUUUAGAUAUGGAUUCCUGUAAUUUCAUUUUCGUUUAGACAUUUUCUUAGCCAUUUUGGAGAACUUUUCUGUCCUCCAAAUGUACGUUCUUUUCUUCCAAUUGGCUUCCUCUUGUUUUUCUUAAUGAAUACUGAUAAUAUAAGAGGCAAACCGGAAAUCUCUAUGCAGGAAUGCUCAACCCAGGUUUCAGUUCAUUGUCAUGAACAGGCGAAAUACAGGUUUGCUUCUUCACUAACCUUUGCUUUUAGUUCAAAAAUUUUAGCAGUUUGUUAUAACUUAAAGAAUUUUUGGUUUUCAUCUCCAUAGAAUUUGUGGUGCUAGGAUCACUGUUGUUGCUUAAGAAUGUGCGUUCGGUUUUCAAAAUAUAAGGCUCUUCCUGAAUGGUUUUGUGGAGAAUGAUUGAAUCUAUCUGGCCUAGGAACUAGAGUUAUGCAUCAUGAUGACAUGUCCAUAUGGUUGUGUUGAUUCUACACUUGUCUCAUUAAUUAGGGAUGCUUUCGUGUUCUUUUAUUCUUUUUAAUUUAUUCUGAUCUGUAUGGACUAGAAAAAUCGAUUUGUGAAACUUUUUAACGAAAUAAUGAAUUGGGUUAGUUUUCGUUGACGUAAUAGUCUUUUUCCAUUGAAACCAGAUAAUUAUAAUGAAGAAAAAAUUAUUUUUUAAGGAUGGAAUUUUUCUUCUAUUUAUGCACACUUUUACGUGUGGAUAAUAUCCGCUAAUUAAUGUUGUUGAAUAUCCUUCUACGACUACUUUGGGUUUAUGAAGGAAUUUUGUUCAUCAAUGUACACAUUCGGCAUAUACUAUAUUAGGCCUAACUAUGCAUUCGCUGCUUUGAUCAGAAAAUCUCAUUGAGGAUGUCUUGGGAGACUUUGAAUAUGAAGUUCAAGUUCCAUACUUGCUGUACCGAAAUGCAGCUCAAGAAGUCAAUGGCAUUUGGUUUUACAACUCCCAAGAAUGCGAAGCAGUUGCAAAUCUCUUCAAUAGGUAAGGCGUGUUUUUAUACUGCUCUCUUUAAUGGCGUGUGGCAUAUUUAGGUACUUUUUGUAUGACUCUCAUUAACUUUUCCAAUUUUUAGUUCCAUUUGCUUUAGUGGUACAUGCUUCAAUUCUUUGAUAGCUGUCUGGGGAAGAAUUUGUCUUGUUAUACCAUACUUAUUUCUUCCCCUCUUUAUGUAAACUCUUUGAAAAGUUAAGGAAAACCUUUGAGAGUCGUUUUAUGAUUGUGUGAACUCAUACAAGCUGGCUAAGAAGGGAGGAAAACUCUCUUCUCUAAAGUUUCUUUGGCCAAGUGCUCGUCACUACUUUGUAGAGGGCAAAAUCAUUUAAAUGACUUGCACUAAAGAGUUUACGGCAUUUUUAGGCCUUGAUCGUUAUCAUUAGUACUGAGAGUUAGUUUUUGGGGUGCCAUGAAUCUACAUUUAUGAGUAAGUUCUUGGAUCUUCGCCUACCUGAUGUCAGGUUCCUUUGUAAUGUCUUGGGUCUAGAUGUACCGAUUGGAUGUGUUGGAUAUUACCAGAUUCCCUGCUUACAAUAUCUGGAAAGAUAAUUGGUGUGAGUUUAACAAGAUUUCAAGGGAUAGAAAAAAUUGGUUUUGAGUGGCUAGUUUAUAAAUCCGAAAAUGUGAAGAUUGAGAUCGAAAAUCACUGAAUUAAAGUUUUUUGGAAGAUGAAUUUGCAAUUUCUAGCUUAAGAAGUAUCAUUUGUAUGGUUGGUCCUUUGUCUGGAAUGGCUGGGGUUUGCCAGUAAGCUAGAGAAAAUCAGAAUGUAAUCCUAGAUUAACAUUCCCAUAAACUACUUAUAAAAGCCAAGGAAAAUGUUUAUGGACAGUAGAUGCGAAAAGGUAUAAAUCUGACAAAGAGAUGAACAUAUCUAGGUUACAGACAUAAGGCACACGGUUCUACACGGAGUUUUUUAUCCUCGUAUUUGCACUGUCUUUGUUGUUUAUUCGUGUGUUAGUUCUCAAAAUCUUGCCAUUGGUGAAGUUUUGGUGGGAUGAAAUGAAUUCUGCCAUUUUUUUCCUACAAUUUGUGCUAACGGUAAAAUUUUAAGACCGAUUUCUUGGAUAAGUGUUUUAAAUUCCUGGUGGAAAGGCUUGCUUCUAAUGCUACUGCUAUAGUUGAGAUAGAUUCUCCUUUUUAAAAAUGCUUCCGAGAUAGUGUGCUGAUCAAAAUCUCGGAGAUAAUAGUAGUACGUAAUUUUUUUUAACUGUAUUAUUUCUCUUUAUUGCUGUUUAACCUAUUUCAUGGUGCAAUUUAUUUUUCUAAUUUUAUAACAUUAGUUAAUUUUUAUGCUAUGGGAUAAGCAUUUUAAUGCCUUCUUUUGGUUAAAAUUUAUAAUUUUCUUUUUCCUUGUCUGUAGAAUACUGAAUGCAUUUUCAAAAGUUCCUCCAAAGCCUAAUGCCACUGCAUCCAAAAGGUAACAUUCAAGUGACCUUGGCUAAUUUUUUUUUCCAGGGAACAACAUAGUACAAUGUUGCAUUUAUGAUGGGGCAUGCUGUUCCAUUGUCCCACAGUGGGAGCUUUUCUUUAUCUUACAAUGUUAAAUAGGGGUGUUGGCACAUUUUGUAACUGAAUCUGUAUCAACAUUUAUUCUCGCUGAUAUGCCCAUAGAUCAACUAACUUUCACAUGUUGAUUUUUUUAAAACACUAUCAAAUACUUUAUCACUACUGUCCUUGUAAUUAUUCUCUGGACUACUGUUAUACCCUAGUUUGGUUGUUCAUACUCUGAGAUGUUUUAUGCAUUGAUAAAAGUUUCACUGUACCAUUGGUUCCUGAUUUUCUAAUCCUACUUAGUAUCUUUUUGUUGGUGAACUCUACGAUUUGAAAACUUAGUUGAUCUUGUUAAGUUGUUCUACUGAAAGAGGUGGUAUAAUGUGUUGGCAUUGGAUAUUCUUUGCUUUGUAUGCGACUUCUGAUCUCAAAGAAUGUCAUUUAAGGAGCUUAAUCUGACAAUAAAAUGCUAGUUUAUGAUUUAUUGAAUAAGGUACCCAAAAGGCAGCACCACCUUGGCACUUAUGUGAUCAAGAAAAGUACAUUUUAGGUAUGCUCACUAGAUCCCCAAAUACUUUUCCCUCCAGCUAUGCGUUUUUCUCUGGGCAUCACCUUGAAGACCAUGGCCUCAAAAUAAACCAAAGUCUUAUUGCCAUAGUAAUCAAUUCAUCUUUUGAUGACUAGGUCAGGCCUUGCAUUCCUUUAGUUUAUUGUGACCUCGUAUUUGCUUCUAUACCGUUUUUUAUAGGCUGUGGUAAAACGAUAAAUGCCUUGGAGAACACACCCACAUUUAAGGAUUCUGUCGGUUUCCCUGGUUGACAGUUUCCAUGGAGAAAAUGAUAACAUCCAUGGUUCUGUGAAUUUCCUUCUCAAGGUUGGAAUCAUGGUUAAUGAUUUUUGUGUGGUUGUAUUAGUUUGACCAUGUGACCAUGAAGACGAUUUUCUCUGCAAACUGCCCCUGAUCUGCUGAUAAAGGCAUUUGGUAUCAGCCACAUGCCCCUGUCUAUCUUCCUACUGACUCUCCUCACUAAAGUUUUCGUGGUGAACUAUUUAACACUUCUUUGAAGUGGGUUGAUAUCAAGUUGCCAGCUGGUUAUGAAAUCAUUAAAUUAUGGACUGGCUUUUAGCUGAUACCAAAUGGAUUUAAUAAGCUUUUACAAAGCUAUUAGGCUGAAACCUACCAUUCGAUGGUAAUUGUCUAAAGCUUAUAAUUUUAUCAUGGUCAUAAUGGUACUUAGGCGUGUGCAUGCUGCAGAAGUAAGUUUGACAAAAUUCAUUUUCUACUUCAAUUUAAAGCUCUAGUUGGCUGCUUCUAUAUUUUGAAGAUCACAGCCUCAUGGUAAAAAGCAAAUAUUUCUCAGAGCCAUGCGACUGGAAUUGGGUUGCAUCUUGCUGAGAUUCGUUUCCAAGAUACAUAAGAGCUGUAGUUCAAGGGGCUCUGACCAUGAUCUUCUUCCAUGUUAAUGGAGCGGAUAGUGCAAAUGAUCUUUUGUAGCUCAAUAACCGGGUGUCAUCCAGCGAAGGAAGAUAAAUUUCUAAUAUCAGUAGUUCUGUGCAAGAAGUGCCUCAAAGGUUUUCUUCAGCGUCUACAUCUCUGCAGCUUGCACAGUUGCACAUAUAUGCCCGCGGUCAAGAUUAUUUUGUAGUAUCUUUUUGAGAUCUUUUGUGAUAUUUGCCUUUCUGAGUGGCCUUUAAACGCACCAGUCAUCUAUUAGGGUGCUAAAAAAAUGCCAAAAUUUUCUUGUCAUUUGAGGACUAUUGGAUGAGACUUGUCUCUUAUUUUAUGCCAUCACGAAUCUAUGCUCAUUUGUGGCUGCUCUGUAUUUCUUUUGCCUAUGCUGUUGCAGUGAAUUUGAGGAACUCGAAGCUGUGCCAAGUUCAUCUGUGAUAGAAGGCCCUUUGGAGCCAAUGACAUCAUCAGUUGCCAGUGUGCCUGAUGUCCCUGAUGAUUCCUUUCUGAACUUCUUCAGUGUAUGCGCUAUUUCUCUGACCUUAGUCUGAUUGUGCCAUCUUAUGCUUCCAUCAUACUUUAGUUGCUGCUGAGCUCACUUCUUUAGAUUUUCUUGAUUCAUCGAAAAUUUUCUCAUACUCUCUCUUAUACUCUCUGGCUCUCUCUCUCUCUCCCUCUCUCUCUCUCUCUCUCUCUCGAUCUAUCUAUCUCCAUGAUUAUUAAGGAUGCGUCUGUAAUCGAACCUUGCAAUUUUACCUCUCGGGUUUUAUGACUAGUAGGCCAUUUGUAAAAAUGCAUCUUUUUUCUAACAUUGCUUUAUGUUAUUGCAGGCUGCCAUGAAUGUCGGAAAUGAUGCCCCAAUCUCUGGUCAAGCACACCAAUUGUCUCCUCCCAGCUCUCUAUCCUCUCUCACUCCAGCUGUGAUCCCCUCCCCUGCACAGGCUCUCAAGCCUUCCAUUCCUAUCUCGUCCACCUCUCUGGCAUCUGCUCUGGAUGCUCCUGACUCUGCUGGCAGCAACAUGAUCAGUCACACGGCGAAUCUGGUAAAACCCUCCUAUUUUACGCCUCCGUCCACAUCCGGGCUGGUUAUGCUGCCAGUGGCGGCGCCUCUGCCGGCAGCAGCGCCGCCACUCCUGCCUGUGACCUUGCAGCGCCCUUACGGGACUCCACUUCUCCAACCCUUUCCCCCACCAACCCCAUCCCCUUCUCUGACGCCUCCAACGAGUUAUGGGUCAGUCAUUACGAGGGACAGAGUGCGUGAUGCAUUGUCGAGGCUGGUGCAGGUAUUUUCCUUUCUUCAAUCUCUAUGUGUCUUCAGUUCAUCCGUGCUGCUCCUAAGUUGUCCAUUCCAUGUCUAUUGUUUCUGUGAUAAUUCAAUGGUGGGGUGGGGGAGCCAAUUUGGUCUCAGAAUAUCCACGGCCAUCUUUUGCUGUUAUCCUCGACUGGUGGAAACUGCUACUAUUGCUGCUACUGCUUACGACGGUGUCUUGAUUUAGAUGCUCUUCACUGCUUUCUGGUGCAGAUGAAUUCUUAAGCUUGCUUGUGACAUCUAUUGAUUUUUCUUUCCCACUUGAACAGAAUGACCAGUUCAUCGACAUGGUGUACCGAGAGAUGCUGAAUUCUCACGCUUUGUGA